AGGCGCCAAGGCCCAGCUGCGCGGCUCGGAGCUGCGUCCCGGGGACUUGGGGCCGCAGGGAGGCUUGCGAGCUGUGUGCACAAGGCGGCCGCCCUGCUUGACGGAGCCAUCUCUUCAUCUUUCCAUCUGUCCCUGCAUGUGUCCGCCUCUCCACACAGCUGAAGCUUGACCCCAGAGCACCCGUACAGAGUGAGGAAAGGACUAGAACAUGCUCUGAAGACCUGCAGCAGACCCUGAAGCUGUGAGCUGAGCCCAAAGUCUGAGGCCGUCCUGCCCCCCUGCCUGCCAUGGCCUCUGCGGACAAGAAUGGCGAGAGCGUCUCCUCCAUGUCCAGCAGCCGCCUGCAGAGCCGGAAGCCGCCCAACCUGUCCAUCACCAUCCCGCCGCUCGAGACCCUGGCCGCUGACGAGCAGACCAGCAUGCUGCCCCCGCAGCCCAGGAACCCAGCCUACUUGAAGAGCGUCAGCCUCCAGGAGCCACGGGGACGAUGGCAGGAGGGCUCGGAGAAGCGGCCCGGCUUCCGCCGCCAGGCCUCCCUGUCUCAGAGCAUCCGCAAGGGCACCGCGCAGUGGUUCGGGGUCAGCGGCGACUGGGAGCUGGCGCGGCAGCACUGGCAGCGCCGGAGCCUGCACCACUGCAGCGUGCGCUACGGCCGCCUCAAGCCCUCGUGCCAGCGCGAGCUGGAGCUCCCCAGCCAGGACACGCCCUCCUUCCAGGGCACCGAGUCUCCAAAGCCCUGCAAGAUGCCCAAGAUCGUGGACCCGCUGGCCCGAGGCCGCGCAUUCCGCCACCCUGACGAGGUGGACCGGCCCCACGCCCCGCACCCGCCGCUGACGCCGGGGGUCCUGUCCCUCACCUCCUUCACCAGUGUCCGCUCUGGCCACUCCCACCUGCCUCGCAGGAAGAGGAUAUCUGUGGCCCACAUGAGCAUUCAAGCGGCUUCCGCCCUCCUCAAGGGGCGCCCGGUGCUGGAUGCUGCUGGACAGCGGUGCCGGGCAGUCAAGCGCAGCUUCGCCUACCCCAGCUUCCUGGAGGAAGAUGUGGUCGAUGGGGCAGACACGUUCGACUCCUCGUUUUUUAAAAUGAGCUCCAUGCCUGACGAUGUGUUUGAGUCUCCCCCGCUCUCCGCCAGCUGCUUCCGGGGGAUCCCACGCUCGGCCUCCCCGGUCUCCCCCGGAGGGGUGCAAGUCUCGCUGAGGGAGUAUGGCCAUGCUCCGGUGCCUGCAGCCAAGCGCGGCAAGCGCAUCGCCUCCAAAGUCAAGCACUUUGCCUUCGACCGGCAGAAGCGGCAUUAUGGCCUGGGUGUGGUAGGCAGCUGGCUGAACCGCAGCUACCGCCGCAGCAUCAGCAGCACAGUGCAGCGGCAGCUGGAGAGCUUCGACAGCCACCGGCCCUACUUCACCUACUGGCUGACGUUCGUCCACAUCAUCAUCACGCUGCUGGUGAUCUGCACGUACGGCAUAGCACCCGUGGGCUUCGCCCAGCACAUCACCACCCAGCUGGUGCUCAGGAACAAAGGUGUGUACGAGAGCGUGAAGUACCUUCAGCAGGAGAACUUCUGGAUUGGCCCCAGCUCGAUUGACUUGAUCCACUUGGGAGCCAAGUUCUCGCCCUGCAUCCGGAAGGACAAGCAGAUCGAGCAGCUGGUGUCGCGGGAGCGAGACCUGGAGCGGGACUCGGGCUGCUGCGUCCAGAACGACCACUCAGGCUGCAUCCAGACCCAGCGGAAGGACUGCUCGGAAACUUUGGCUACUUUCGUCAAGUGGCAGGACGAUACGGGGCCCCCCAUGGACAAGUCCGACCUGGGCCAGAAGCGGACGUCAGGGGCCGUGUGCCACCAGGACCCCAGAACCUGCGAGGAGCCGGCCUCCAGCGGUGCCCACAUCUGGCCCGAUGACAUUACCAAGUGGCCAAUCUGCACGGAGCAGGCCAGGAGCAACCGCACAGGCUUCCCGCACAUGGACUGCCAGAUCAAGGGCCGCCCCUGCUGCAUCGGCACCAAGGGCAGCUGUGAGAUCACCACCCGGGAGUACUGCGAGUUCAUGCACGGCUAUUUCCAUGAAGAGGCGACGCUCUGCUCGCAGGUGCACUGCCUGGACGAGGUGUGUGGCCUGCUGCCCUUCCUCAACCCCGAGGUCCCAGAUCAGUUCUACAGGCUCUGGCUGUCUCUGUUCCUCCACGCUGGCCUGGUGCACUGCAUCGUGUCUGUGGUCUUCCAAAUGACCAUCCUGCGGGACCUGGAGAAGCUGGCCGGCUGGCAUCGCAUCUCCAUCAUCUUCAUCCUCAGCGGCAUCACCGGCAACCUCGCCAGUGCCAUCUUCCUCCCCUACCGGGCAGAGGUGGGCCCGGCGGGGUCCCAGUUCGGCCUCCUCGCCUGCCUCUUCGUGGAGCUCUUCCAGAGCUGGCAGCUGCUGGAGCGGCCUUGGAAGGCCUUCCUGAACCUGUCCGCCAUCCUGCUGUUCCUCUUCGUGUGCGGCCUGCUGCCCUGGAUCGACAACAUCGCUCACAUCUUUGGCUUCCUCAGCGGGCUGCUGCUGGCCUUCGCCUUCCUGCCCUACAUCACCUUCGGCACCAGCGACAAGUACCGCAAACGAGCCCUCAUCCUGGUGUCGCUGCUGGUCUUCGCCGGCCUCUUCACCUCGCUGGUCAUCUGGCUCUACGUCUACCCCAUCCACUGGCCCUGGAUCGAGUACCUCACCUGCUUCCCCUUCACCAGCCGCUUCUGCGAGAAGUACGAGCUGGACCAGGUGCUGCACUGACCGCCAGCCCGGCGGGGCCGGGCGAGGCCAGUGCCCGCAGCGCCGCGGACGACAUGGGGGCUGUGCCUGGGACCGGCUGCCUGCCUGCAGGGCACCCCACUCACACUCCAGAGACCCACCCAUGGACUCAGUGCCCAGGCCCUGGGCCCUGGUCAGAGGCGGCCGUCAAGGCGGGUCCCCUGGGGGCCCGAGGGGACUCCGUGCACCCACUUCUCCGCGGCUCAGGGCUCAGGCCCCGACUCAGCUGCUGUCAGGACCGCCUCCUGGGAGUGGGCUUCUUUCUUCCCAGGGUCCUCAGGCUGCUGCCACCUCCCGCCUCCGC